AGAGAGAGAGAGAGAGAGAGAGAGAGAGAGAUUUGAGGAUGGAAGUUGUUCCAAAAGACCCCAGUACGCACCCUCUCCAUAGGCUAGUGGUAGAGCCUCGAGCGAAGCUCAACCGUGUACAUGCACUUGUGUACACAUGUGCCAUUAUGGCACUGUUCUACCAUCGUUUUCUUCAUCUCAUCCGUUCAAAUGACCUCCUCUCCUUCUAUCUCCUUCUCUCCAUGUUGGUUUCGGAGAUGAUCUUGGCCUUCAUGUGGGCUACUGCCCUGGGCUUCAGAUGGCGGCCCGCCCAUCGCCGGGAGUUCCCCGAAAAACUCUCUGAGGUCAUCGACGAUGCUGAUCUCCCUGCGCUGGACGUGUUCAUUUGCACUGCAGACCCUUACAAAGAGCCUCCGAUGAACGUUGUGAACACCGCCCUUUCAAUGAUGGCGUUCGACUACCCAACAGACAAGAUCUCGGUCUAUAUCUCUGAUGAUGGAGGGUCCGAUCUUACUCUCUUUGCUUUCAUGGAGGCUGCGAAGUUCGCUGGGCAUUGGUUGCCCUAUUGCAGGGAGAAUGGGAUUGAACCAAGGUGCCCGGAAGCAUACCUUGGAACUACGUAUUGUAAGUCCUCCGAGAAAAUAAAGAUGUUGUACGAAAGCAUGAAAGAGAAGGUAGAGAGGGUGGUGGAAAGGGGCCGCGUGAUCGACGGGGAUAUCACCAGCGAUGAUGAUCGUGAGGCUUUCAACAAAUGGACGGAUGGAUUUAGUCGCCAUGAUCAUCCUGCAGUUAUUCAGGUUUUAUUAGAAAGCAGCAAAGACAUGGAUGUUAUGGGCCAUCACUUGCCCAACCUUGUCUACGUUUCUAGGCAGAAAAGCAGAUCGUCUCCCCACCAUUACAAGGCCGGCGCGCUCAACGUUCUUCUCCGCGUAUCAGCUGCAAUGAGCAAUGCACCUGUAGUACUCACCUUGGACUGUGACAUGUACUCAAACGAUCCUCAGACCCCGCGCCGAGCAUUGUGCUAUCUCUUGGACCCCACCAAGCUGCCGAAGCUUGCGUUCGUCCAAUUCCCUCAGCGCUUCCGAGGGGUCAACAAGAAUGACACAUAUAGUUGUGAAUGGAGGCGGCUGUUUGUAAUAAAUCCGGUGGGAAUGGAUGGGCUCUCAGGCACAAGUUAUGUUGGCACUGGAUGUUUCUUCAAUCGGCAGGCAUUGUAUGAUGAGCCGUUGCCAACACUGGCAGAAGAGAGGCAGUCCUGUUGUGACCACACCACAGACAGUUCCAUCCGAUCUGAGCCGGUCCUUAGAAUGGCCCACCUGGUUGCAAGUUGUACUUACGAGCAUGGCACAGAAUGGGGCUCUAAGAUGGGAGUGCGAUAUGGAUCGCUGGUCGAGGAUUUCUACACAGGCUACAGGCUUCACUGCGAGGGAUGGGAGUCGGUGUUUUGCAACCCGGAGAAAGCAGCAUUCGUCGGGGAUGUGCCAAUCAGCCUCAGUGAUGUCCUUAGCCAGACGAAGAGAUGGUGUGUUGGGCUGCUGGAGGUGAGCUUCUCCAAGUUCAACCCACUAAUAACCAUUUGGACUACUAGAAUUUCACUUGAAAUGGGAAUGUGCUAUACACAUUACGCAUUCUGGAGUGCUUGGUCUAUUCCUAUCACUACCUAUGCUUUCCUCCCACAGCUGGCUCUCCUCUACCAGAUUCCCUUGUUUCCAAAGGUCUCGGAUCUUUGGUUGUACUUGUAUGUCUACCUAUUCAUAGGAGCUUACGCCCAAGAUCUCAUCGAAUUCCUUAUCAUGGGUGGAACGAUCCAACGGUGGUGGAACGAUCAGAGGAUGUGGAUGACGAGAGGACUUACGUCGUAUCUCUUCUCACUCAUAGAAUUUUCUCUCAAACAGAUAGGUUUCUCUGGCGCCGGAUUCAGCGUAACUAACAAAGUGAUGGACGAUGAUCAGAACAAGCGGUACAAGCAAGGGAUCUUUGAAUUUGGAGUUUCAUCGCCCAUGUUCAUGGCACUAUCAAUGGCAGCUGCCAUUAACCUGAUUGCUUUCACGGUGGGGUUUGCAAGAGUAUUGAUGGUGGGGAUAUUAGAACAAAUGUUGGUACAGCUGCUCAUAUCAGGCUUUGUGAUGGUGAAUUCGUGGCCCAUUUAUGAAGGGAUGAUAUUGAGAAGGGAUAAAGGGAGGAUACCUACCCAAACUACAACCAUAUCCAUCGUUCUAGCAUUGGUCCUUUGCAUUGUAGCAUUUUUUGCAAUUAGAAUUUGAACGUGAAAGGAUUUUGGUUUUAGUUAGGGUCAUAUGUAAACUAACGGAGUGUCAUAAUUUGAACAUUUAAGGGUGUGUUUGGAUGGACUAAAUUAGACUGAUUAAUCAAGAAAUUUCUUGAUAUAUGGUGCAACCAAAUGCACCCUAAGCAAAUUGGUUUCUUUGGGUGUCUUGAUUUAUUGUGUCUUAAUUUGAAAGUGGAAGUGCAUAAUAAUGA